CGGGAGGAACGGGAACCCACGACGUCAGCACCGCCGCCCGCCGUCGGCGUUGACGGCCACGCCGAGGCUUUUGCUGAGGGCCUUCAGGUGGCAGGGGCGGCAGAAUAGCCCCAUUAGGCCGCAGUGAGCCUGGGCGUCCCCGCAGACCACCCCGGGGGGGUCCCCGAUAGAUGGCCCACCGGGAUCCCAGGUAGGAGUCUUUGGCCAAGAUUUCAGAACGGGAUAUAAAGUGCGACGGGUGGAAAGAAAAAUUACCAGGGGAAACGGAGGGCGUGAAAUCAAAAUCCAGGUCGGAGUCGGAAUCAGAAUGGAAAUCAUAUGAAUCGUGAUCUUCAAAAUCAGAAAAAUCUGAAUCUAAAAAAACGUGGCGAGGCAGAAUAUAAUCAGGGGAACAUGCGGAUGGUCGUCGGCGUGUACGCCGGUGCUGGAUUUUUCCCGCUGGGUCCACUAGUGGCUGCGUCAUUCUGUCAGGAAUGAACGGGCAGGCAGGCAGGUUGUUAUGGACCCAAAUGCAGGGAAAACGAAAAAGGCAGCGAGGCAGGUGGCAGAGAACUCAAAAAGGCUUUAAUGAUAACUAACAAAAGGCACAAAGUACAAAACAAAGGCUGUGGUGAUCAAAAAACUAUCAACAAAUAACUUAGGUCACUAACAAAGGCUGAAUAUCAAAAACUUACUGAGACGAACACGAGGGCUAGGACAGGACUUCAACUUUGACGCAGGCACAGACAUUGACAUAGACAUAGACAAUGACGCAGUCAGGAGUGAACAGAAAAUGGGAGCAUAUAUACACAAGCAGACAAGGGAUAACGAGACAAGGAACAGCUGGGUAACACAGGUGGAUGCAGAUUGCCGAAUACACUGGGAAAACACACACAGAGAAAUCAUGGAUGCACACACCCGAGGCCCUGGCCAAGCAUUACAUAGCAUACAAUGCCAAGUUCCUUGGUAACACUGAGGUAGAGGCACCUAAAGGAACAGAGGUUGUCAAGGAUGCAGUGAGAAAGCUCAAGUUUCAGAGGCACAUCAAGAAGUCAGAGGGACAGAAAACCCCCAAAGUGGAGCUGCAGAUUUCCAUUUAUGGGGUGAAAAUUUUAGAUCCUAAGACAAAAGAAGUGCAGCACAACUGUCAAUUACACAGAAUUUCCUUCUGUGCGGAUGACAAAACAGAUAAACGGAUUUUCACAUUCAUCUGCAAAGACUCCGAGUCCAACAAACACCUGUGCUACGUGUUUGAUAGUGAAAAGUGUGCUGAAGAGAUCACGUUAACGAUCGGCCAGGCCUUUGAUUUGGCCUACAAGAAGUUCCUAGAGUCAGGAGGCAAAGAUGUGGAAACCAGGAAGCAGAUUGGAAGUUUGCAGAAAAGAAUUCAAGAACUGGAAACAGAAAACUCUGAGCUGAAGAAGCAGCUUCAAGAUCUCGAACAGCAGUUGAUGAUCGCACACGUGCCCCCGCCGUUAUAUAUAAAUGAAGUUAACGAAGCGUACAUGCUGCAGAGGCCUUCUUCUCUCUUCUGGUGUCAUGACAUCAACUCCUGUCUGGAAACCUCCUCUGUCACCCUCACACCUAUGAGCUCGCCAGACUCCAACCUGUCUACUGGCCUACUAACUCCCCCGCCUGCCAAAUCCACUUUCCUUCCUCCUAAACCUUCCGAGGGAUUCAGCGUCCCACGACCUCGCGCAGGAAGCAUAUCCACGAAACCGCAGUCUACAGACAUUUUCGACAUGGUUCCUUUCUCCCCUGGGACCGUGCUGGUGCCCACACAAGCUAGCAACGGUUGCCCAACAACGCCAACAAUAUUGUCGUCAAACAUAGGAAAAGACCUGUUUGGUGCAGAACCGUUCGAUCCCUUCACUUGUGGUUCAGCUGACUUUCCUCCAGAUAUUCAGUCGAAGCUGGAUGAAAUGCAGGAGGGGUUCAAAAUGGGAUUAACCCUAGAGGGCGCCGUCUUCUCUCUGGAUCCGCUCGACGGUCGCUCCUGAUUGUCCGCGAAGAUGUAAUUCAUUGUCGUCUUCUUUAAAAUCGUUUGGACGAUUUUUGUACAAGUGCCAAAUUCCGCUUCCUGUGUGAGUUGGGAUGUCACUUUUUUUUUUUUUUAACCUUACAUCUUGAGGUUUCCAUUUGAAUUUAGAUGGUUUGUUUUUUUCCAUAUUAGCAGGUCUUAACCAUUAGAGAAGACAUAUUUUUGUAAAAACUGGAAGGGAUAUUUUUGACUUGCUUGCACAGAGAGCUGUUCAUAAGUAAUGAUGUCCAAUGGUACACUAGAUUUUUACGUACGAGUCAUUUCAAUUACGUAUGCCAAAUACGGGCUAUGAAAUACAUGGAAUGUGUGUGUUUUUAAACUUACUUUAACGUCACAUACUUUACUUAUCAUUAACAUGUAUUGUUUAAAUUUAGUACAUAUUAUUCUCAAUUUCACAUUCAUUUGUUCUUGUGUUUAUUGCUGUCUAACAUGUCUUGCACCAUGAGGCACUUUUUGGAUGGGGAGGGACCUACUGUAUGUAAUGUCAAUAAGCAGUACAAUUUCCGUUAUUUUUACUGUUGGUUUCUUUAAUACUGUCAAACUUAUUCAAAAUAAAAUGUUACCGUAAAAAUAA